AAAUAUUUUCAAAUACAAGAGCAAUAUCAAAAUUUACAUUCUAAAUUUGUAACUCAAUAAAUAAGCAAAAACAAAAAAAAAAAAACAGAAAUGAAUAAUAUUUGGUUUAAAAUUUUAAUUUUAAUUAAAUUGAUAUCAUCAAUUUGUUUUGCAAUUACAAAUAAUAUUGAAAAAAAUGAAAUUAAUAAUAAAACAUUAAGAAUGUUAACAUCAUCACCAAAAUUAUCAUCAAUAUCAUCUGAUACAAAUAUAAAAUUACAUCGUCCAUUAUUAGAUGGUCAAAUAAUUGGUGGUUAUCCAAUUAAUAUAAAAUCAGCAUCAUAUUUAGUAUCAUUACAUUUUAUUAAUCAUAAAUGUACUGGUAUAUUAAUUGAUAAAAAUUGGAUAUUAACAUCUGGUCAUUGUACAACACAUUUACAACCAUAUAAUUAUUAUAUAUAUAUGGGCUCAAAUAAUAUUGAAAAACAUAAUGGUUUAGUUGUUAAAGUUGCUGAAUUAUAUCGUCAUCCAAAUUAUACAAAAAAUUUAGAUUAUGAUUUUACAUUAUUAAAAUUAGUUAAUUAUAGUUCAAUUGGUUAUAAUAUUAAUAUUGCAAAAUUACCAGAACAAAAUGAAGAAAUACCAGAUGGUAUUAAAUUUAAAUUAAUUGGUUGGAAUAAAAAUGAUAAUAAAUCAUUAUUUAAAGAAAAUAAUGAGAAUAUGAGUUUAAAAGCAAUUGAUGUUAUAAAAAUUAAUUCAACAAAAUGUCAUGAAUUAUAUAAAAAUCGUGGUGGUAUUACUGAUCGUAUGUUUUGUGCAGCUAAAUAUAAUUAUCAUAAUAAUAAUGAUAAUGAUGAUAAUGGUAUAUGCCAUGCUGAACCUGGAUCACCAAUUAUUAUUAAUAAUAAAGCAAUUGGUGUUGCAUCAUGGGGUUAUGGUUGUAAAUUAUCCGAUUAUCCAAAUGUAUAUGCAAAAAUAUCAUAUGUAAGAGAUUGGAUUAAAUAUACUAGUGGUGUUUAAAGCAAAAAAGAAAUGUAUAAUAAAAUAACAAUACAAAAUCACAUAAUUUUUUAAUAAAAUCACAUAUAAUUUCCUAAUUAAAUUAUGAUUUACAUAUAUAAUAUACAUACAUCUAUCUAAUAGAAUUAGGAAGUAAUCAAUGAA